AAAGUCUCAGACGGUCACAAGUUGUACUACAUUACUCGUUCGGUAACCAUGGAGAGCGCAACCGUGGUAGCAUCGCCCCCGUCAGCCGCGUCUGUGGGUGCCAAGUUUACACCAGGAGCCAUGGGCUCGGCCUUCACGCCUCUGUCCCGAGUGCCACCCGCCCUCCCUCUCUUCCAGUCGCUGCCCUUUUUGCCCUCCGCUUCUGUGACGUCCAGAGUGAAACCGACGCCACCUUUGGGCAUAGAUCCGAGGAUGAUGGGCAUGUUACAGAACUACGGUGCCCUUGGCCACCUGCCAUGGGCGGCAGCUCUGAGUGCAGGUGACUUGGCCCUGAGCCGUUUGUUGUUAACCCCAGGGGGUAGACUGAGCCGCCCCAAGAAACGAUACAUCUGCAAGUACUGCCAGCGAGAGUUCACGAAGAGUUACAACCUGCUGAUCCACGAGAGGACCCACACGGACGAGAGGCCCUUCCCUUGCGACGUCUGCGGCAAGGCCUUCAGGAGGCAGGACCACCUGAGGGACCACAAGUACAUCCACAGCAAGGAGAAGCCCUUCAACUGCGACGUCUGCAACAAGGGCUUUUGCCAGGCUAGGACUCUGGCCGUGCACAAGGCCCAGCACGCACACGACACGAGUCCGCCCUCGCCCGCGAUUCUGACGCCCACCCGCCAAACCUCAGUGCCGCCCACACUCCCCGCUUGUGACAGUGACCCUCACACUGAGCAAGUGGUAGACGUGUUACACUGCGACGACGAGGACGACGACGACGUCGUCCUGCAGACGGUGACGGAGGAAGACGACGAGGAAGUUGUGGUGACGCCCCCGAAGAGACUCGGGUUCUCUAUUGCUGACAUCAUGAGGAGAUAAUAAUGAGAAGAGAUUCUCAACCCAUUCUAUUUCCUCGUCAUUGUUAUCAUAUCUCAUUCACAAAGUGCCUCCUCAUCGUUUGUUAUCAUGUCUUGUUUUUCUUGUUACUAAUAUCUUACAACGACAAAAAGCUUUAAUCCUUGUAUAUACUGUACAGAGAUAUUUUUAUUUAUUAAAAACAACAUAUUU